AUCAUGUCAAAUAGAAUAGCAUGCAUCGACAUUAUCGUUCCUCGCGGUCCCCUGGGCUUCGAAUUUUCGAUAAAAUCCUCCGGUUCCCAAAUUGUGAUUUCACAAGUUCGUUCAGGAGGUGCGGCGGAAUUAGCUGGUCUGAAAGUUGGAUACAUCGUCAAGGCUGUCAACCAACAGUCUAUCAAAGACAUGUCCUUCCUUCAGGUUUCCAACUUGAUUCGACGCUCCAGUUCUCUCACAGCGGAAUUGACCGUCUGCACGCCAGAAGAAAUCCAUCCUGCACCGUAUGGAAACGUUGUACUUCGGCAUACAUCUGCAAUUAAGAAUCCUACUUCCGCCCCAUAUUCUUCUUCUGAUCGUGAAAAUUUUUCGCCAUCACCUCAAGGAAUCCGUGCCCAGGCCUUGAUGGAACAACUGCAAAAGCCACACCAUCGAAAAGAGGAAGUAGCUAUGCUGACACAAGCCCUGUCUCCGUCAGCUGAUGUGCCGUCAUUUCACUCGUGUCAGCACCCCUUGACAAGCAAAACAUCACACGAUGACAAUGGUGGUGUAAUGAAUCAUUGUGGACUUCGACGGCAGGCUAUCCUUUUUCGCAAUGACACUAUCUAUACCGAACCUCCUGACGUCUCUCCUCUAAUCUUCUCAAUUCCUGAUCAUAAAUCAGUUCACGAAAGCAACGUCGAUAAUAUGGUCUCUCCUUUCUCAACCACUCUCAACAUCAGUGAGAAUAGGAGCGAAGAGGAUGGGAAAGCAGAGAUCACGCCUCCUCUUGUUCGACGACAUGCCUAUCCUUCACUCAUAUCAUCCGCCUUGGCAUCAGACUCCGAAUCCCCUUCCCCUCUAAUCCGCAACACAAGUGUCAAAGCAGGUGGAGAAACUGAGCCAAGUCCGCGUUUUCUUCCAGCACAUACCUCUCCAACACUGCGGAGAGAAGAAUCACUUCAACCAACCUUCCUUCCCAGAUUAUCUGUCCGCAGAAAGAUUUCCUCACCAGCUUUAUCCGCAAGGCCUUCACCUCCUAAUGAAUCCAAAUUCACGAAUCUAGCUGCCUACAUGGAUGGUCUUGUCGUGCCUCCGCCUUAUGGUCAAACCAGUGGUAUUGUUCAACGCAACCUCUCUGUCUCCAACAGUGUCUUAACUCCGUCCCGUUUUGUCCGACACGAUAACGGCCUUUCUACUCUAACCAGUGGCACAAAUGUCCGUUUGAAUAUGCCAUCUCUCAUAUCGAAUAGAAGUCGAGUUGCUUCUAGUUCAUUAUCUCACAAUAUUUCUUCUCUUUCGCCUAAAAACCCCACUUUAAAAAAUGAAAAUACCAACUCCAAUGUCAAACCACCUCAUCCAAAACGCAAACGACUAACGUUAAUGACUGGUCUCUUUCGCAUCGACUCACUUUCUUGUGAUGGACCACACUGGCCUUCCUCGUGGCGCCGUCGACGUUGGUCCCUUAGACCCCAGGAAGAAACUCCAAGUAUCAAGACCACUGUUCCCUCAAUUCCAAUUGCCGAAUCCAACCUAGGAUUCAGACCUACUGCGGUAGUUCAUGGACGACUGCUUGAUGCGUGUUUCGCAUCGGCCUUGUGUUCAACUUCGCAGUUUGAGUUAUGGUUCCAUCCAUCUUUUUCGCACAAAAAUUCCAACUUUAAUACGAAUUUCAUGCUUUUUCAGCCCUCUGAUCUUCAGCCUGAAUUUUACAAGUCAUCGCAGUGUCUCUGUAAAGUUACGAAAAUAGAAGGAAAGAACGUAGUGCCAGUCGCUUGGAGGCGGUUCUAUAUUUACAUCGGAGGAGGUUAUAUUCGUUUUCUCUUGGCCUCCGACUAUCACGGUUUCAAUCAACAUGCAUCAGGCUCUCUACUGAACAAUGUGGAUCCAUUCACAUUGGAAGGAGUGUCAACAAGUAGGUGUAUCAUCCUUCCGUUAAUGGGCCUACAGUGGUCUAGCCAUCCGUGCCUUGCUUCUGAUAUUCCAACUUGGGAUACUCUAUCCCCUGCUUCCCCAGCCAAAACCUUGUCCUUCAGACGACAUAAUCAUCCUUCCCAAUACUCUGAAAUGGUUGAAUCAGAACCCAUUAAUGAUCUUCAUUGUUAUCUCUUUGAACACGAAAGCAAUGGUUGUUCAGAGAUUACUGUCAUUUUCCCAGAAACGCAAACCCUCAGUAAAACUCUUGAGCUGUGCCAACGUCACGGUGGUUUCUGUAAAGAAGGCAACCCACCACCACAUACUUGUACUGUUAUCACUAAUUCCUUACUCGAAACGAAACAGCCCAGUCAUCAUGCGACUGCUGUUCUUCGUCGAAGUAGAAAAAGUCUUCCUGACUCGGCUGUUCGGCGUAGGCUUGUUGCUGAUGGGGUGACUGGCACUAAACGCACUCAGGACAAAUCUUUGGAUCGGGAGGGUGAACAGCCACAACCAUUUGCUUACCAACGCUCGGCUGGAGUGGAAGAUACUUCAAAAUUUCGAUUCUUUGCAACCACCGCUGCACCAUUUUUCAAGAGCAUUGCGAACGCUAUUUCCGAGACUGAGGCCUACGUGAAGCAGUUCCUUGAAAGUGGGCCCAGUGUCCACAACUUCUCUUCUUCCAGUGUGGUGUCACAACAGGACUCCUUGAAAAUUAUAGAUGAUCUGAAAAAUUUGUUUGAAAGAGCUGGUUAUCAGGUUUCCGCUCGAAAUUCGCUGGAGAAUGCAGAUAGUGAAAAACAAGAAGAGGAGCAGGGAGAGGAAAGCUUGCUUGAAAUAAUAAUGAGGUCCCUUCCACAACAAGUAAGUGAACUCGGUGAAAAGGAGAAAGGAAGCACCAAUAUCCAGGCAUCAUCCCCUAUUACUCAGUGGACGGACUUUUAG